AUGGCUCCUUGUAUCCUUACCAUGAAAAGUGCUCAUUGCAACAGUGAAGGAAAAAUUCUUAGAAAGCUAAAGAAGCCAGUGAUUGAGAAGAUGAGGAGAGAUCGUAUUAACAGCAGCAUUGAGCAGCUCAGGAUAUUGCUGGAGAAAGAGUUUCAGAAACAGCAACUUCCAUCCAAACCAGAGAAGGCUGAUAUCCUGGAGAUGACAGUGAGCUUCCUGCAACAGCAUCUGGCUGCUAAAUCAGCACCAUCACCCAGCCAGUCCUACAGAGAAGGUCACUCUAGAUGUCUCCAGGACUCUCUGAACUUCCUCUCCCUGCAGACACAGCCAGAAACUGAAGUCAACCUGUUGCAUCAUAUCCAGAAGGCACAGUCUCUAUCAGAAGAUGUCUGUUUUGUCAUGAUGUCUCACAGCCCCAUACCCUCCAAGCACACUGCCCUAUUGAGCACCAGGAAUAUCUGGAGACCUUGGCAGUAAAUCCACAGACUUUUUUUUUACCUACUACAUGGGAAUACUUUUGCUUUACCUGCACUCAUAGCAGCUAUUUAAUUACAUUAUUACAAUAUGUUUUUACAUAUAUUGUUAGAAUAUAUUAUUAUGUCAUUUAUGUAAUAACAAUGUUAUUAUCAAAAGUGUGUUUUAUAUUAAAACUACAGUGGUGAGUUAUUCAGGAACUCUUGAAUUGUGAUACAGUUCAUGGAUUUAAGUAAAACAAUAUUGUUCAUAGAAGUAGAUGUAACAGCAUCAGCAGAUUAUCUUCAAAGAAAGAAAUUAUCAAGUCACAUAGUAAUUAUAAAAAAUAUACAAUGUAAAUAUAUGAUUUAUAAUCUGAU